CUUUUUUUUCCCUCUGCUGGUUUCCAUUCCAUCGAGAGCGUACAGCAAGAGAAUAGCACAGGAUGUUUCGCUCCCUCGCCGCACCGACGCUGCGAUCGAUGCAGAGGGCGCAGCCGCUGGCGUCUCGGACGCUGGUGAGCAGCGUGCUGCUGAGCCGGGACGCCUACGAUGCGGAAAAGGUCGCGAACCUCAAGACAGAGCUCAAGCAGCGAGGCCUGUCGACCAAUGGAAAGCGGGCGGACCUCAUCCGACGCUUGCUCGAGGAUGACAAGCAGAAGUCGGGCGGAUCACCUGCCCCCUCCACGCCGUCAUCGGUGACGCAGCCCAAGGCUCGCAUGGCCUCGACGAAGCGAGCGACCAAGUCUGAGUCGUCGCCCAAGGAAGCCCGCCCGUCCAUGUCGGCAGGCAACGUCGGUGUCGACGGCAGCGCGGGCCCUACGGUGUCGCAUCCCCCCGACAUGGAGCCAGGCCAAGUGUCAAGCAACCUGGGCGACGCCAUUGAACGCGGCAUUGUGCCCGAGAAGCCGGUGCCCGUCGAGGCAAACCCACCCGGUGUGCCACCGCAGAGCACGCCGACAGCGCCCGUCACCUUUGAGGUCAAGAUUCCCUAUGAGGCAGAGGUGCCCGACGCUGGCCCGGAGAUUCCCCUCGUCACUGCUUACUUCCACCCUGAAACGCCGACGUACGAGGCACCGCCGAUCAAGCCGCCGCUCAAGGUCAUCACCGUGUCUGGAGACUCGACGUACCCUGGCGGCGGCGUCUCGCACCCGGGGCAAGACGACACAUUUGCAGAUGAGCUGCCGCAGAGCGGGCAGUCGUCGCAGUCGUCGGACCAGAGCAUCCGAUCUGCCUUGGACGGCCUCGUCUCGGCUGUGCGCCGCGACCUCGGCCUGUCCUCGACGACGGAGACGGAGCAGCGACUCAAGUCGGCAGCCGGCAGCAUCAUCAAGGAGGCCAGGGAGGGCGUCUCGAGGCUUGGAUCCGGCUCGAGCAGCGCCUCGUACUCGACGUCGACUGUCGCCGCCUCUUCUGGCCCUGACUCGUACUCGGGCGGCAGCACGAGGGCACUCAGCGACGAGGAACAAAGAGGCCUCUACGUCCUCGGCGGCAUCGUUGCGGGAGGCUUCCUCCUGGGAAGCCUCGGCAAGCCGUCGAAGCGCCGCGUGGAGAGGGUCAAGGCCGAGAUUGAGCAGAUCAAGCGACAGACGGUCAACGAGGACCUCGCAGCCCUUGUCCAGCGGGCCGAAGAGGCACUCAAAGCACUGUAG